CCAUAUGCUUGUCGUGAUACCUAGUUCAACUUUGGACACGUGUACAACUUUUUUUAUGCCAAUCUUGAUCAGCUAAUAGAUGGUAUCGCCAAUUUCUGUGUACUCCCCUGUCCCGUAUGUCCCAAAAGUGAAAGUUAACUAAUCAACACAUUAUCUUGUUCUGCAUGUCCACCUAUUACCCAUAUAAAUGCUUCCUCAGCAUUCAGAAAAGUCCCAUGUUCUUUUGCGUGCUUAAUAACUGAUAGACCAAAAGUUUUUAGCUGACUCAAAAGUUGUUGUUUGCUUUCCCCUUUUUUCUUGUAUAUCUUCUUCUAUUUCAAGAAUUACUUAUCCAAAAUGGGUGAUAGCAAGAUUCAGUUGUUUCAAGAUCAAUGGUUUCAAUGUGGUAGUAAUAUGAAGAAUAAAGAUCAUUCUUCGUGGAUGAUUAAUGAAGGCAAUAAUAGCCCUUCUUCUUCAUCCAUUGGAGAAUCAACGAUAUCGAAUGCAUCUUGUUCUUCUUCACUAGAAACAAUGGAUGAUGCAUCCUCACCUGCUUCAUGUACUUCGUCUUCUGAUGGGGCUUUGUGUGAUUUAUCAACCCUUAUGGCCCAAUUGCCCAUCAAGAGAGGGCUUUCAGAGUAUUAUGAGGGCAAAUCGGAGUCAUUUACAUCUUUGGCAACCGUGAAAAGUGUAGAAGAUCUUCCAAAGAAAGAAACUCCUCAUAGUAGGAACAUGAAGUCUUACAAGAGUUCUUACAAGUCAUACACUCUUCCUAAGCCAAUCAUCUUCAAGAAAGCUUCGAGGACUUCAUUUUUAUCAUCAUGUUAUAAUAGAAAGUCAAAUUCUUCUAUCAGCCGGAGCAGACUCCCUCUAAUUCCUGUACAAAGAAGUUAAUUAGAUAUAUGAUCACCUUAGUAUAUUAACCUUUAAUUUUAACUAAGAAGUGGGGAGGAACAAAUGGGAAUACAAUUUUUGGAAAUAUGAAAUCAUGAUUACAAAAUUACUGUGGUUGCCUCACCUCUCUUCAAUGGAAGUAUUGAUCUAAUACAAAAUUAUGUUUGGCAAUUUUAUAAUCCAUUAUUAAUGUUUAAGUGA